AGAAGACGCCGAGGACCCGUCAACAUGGCGGAUAGCACCGCCGCGGACAUGCGCUACGAGCGUCUGACUGCAGAGCAGAUGGAUGAGCAGAGGAUCCAGAGCGUUGCGUACCAGUACCUGUGCAGGUUGGAGGAGGCCAAGAGGUGGAUGGAGGCGUGUCUAGGGGAGGAGCUUCCUGCGCCCACUGACCUGGAGGAGGGGCUCAGGAACGGGGUCAUUCUGGCUAAACUGGGUCAUCGAUUCGCUCCCAACUCCGUCCCUCUGAAGAAGAUCUAUGACCCCGAGCAACUACGAUACCAGGGUGUGGGUCUUCAGUUCCGUCACACGGACAACAUCAAUCACUGGAGGAACGCCAUGACCAAGCUCGGACUGCCAGCGAUCUUUUAUCCUGAAACAACAGACGUGUACGACAAGAAGAACAUGCCUAGGACUGUCUACUGUAUCCACGCACUCAGCCUGUAUCUCUACAGACUGGGCGUGGCUCCACAGAUCCAUGACCUCUAUGGGAAAGUCAAGUUUACAGACGAGGAGAUCAACAACAUGAAGUUGGAGUUGGAUAAAUACGGGAUCCAGAUGCCGGCAUUCAACAAGAUCGGAGGAAUCCUGGCCAAUGAGGUGUCCGUGGACGAGGCUGCAGUCCAUGCAGCAGUGAUCGCCAUCAACGAAGCGGUGGACCGAGGAGAACUGGGCGUGACCACGAGGGCUCUGAGGAAUCCUAACGCCAUGCUGCGGAACCUGCAGGAGGCGCUAAUGAGCGUCUAUCAGGAGAUGCUGCGUCAGGCUAGAAGAAGAAAGGCUGAACGAGCGAGCAGCUGGUGUCAAGGUUCAGAAGAUAAAGACAUGUACGAAGAGUUUCUGACUCAGAGGGAAAUUCAGAACAACAUCAACGUGGUUAAUGUGCGUGCGGCCGUGGAGCAGGUGGAUGAAGCUCUGGACUCUGCAGACGAGCUCGCUCUGCUCUCCGCUCUGCAGCUGCCAGGUUUGGCCCUCAGAGGCCUCCAUACCGACAACGGCCCCUGGUACCUGGACCAGCUGUCCGUAGACCGCCAGCAGAGGGCGCUGGAAGGCUGUGUUGAUCCUCUGAACCCGGAUGACCUGCAGGACGCCAUCACACUCGCCAACGAAGAAGCAAAGGGAGCCAGAAACAUGCAGGCAGCCGUGCAGAAUGUAAAUGAUGCGUUACGUCGCAGUGACCCCAGACACACACUCAGCUGUCUGAUGACCUCUGACCUCCAGCUGCCUCAGGUGUUUCCUUUUGCUGCUGCUUUGUAUCACAGAGAACUACAGCUGCUGCAGAGACAGAGUGGACAAGGGGAGCUGCAGCAGGAGGAGCUCUUUGUUGCUGUAGAGAUGCUGUCAGCUGUCGCUCUCAUCAAUCAGUCUUUGGAGGCGGGAAACCUGCAACAGUUCAGCUCCUCAUUGGUCAGUUCAUCUGCAGGACUCUCUGAUGUAGAUGACACCCUGCUGGACAGGUACUUUGAGCGUCUGGCAGAUGUGAAGCAGCAGAGCGGCAGAGCUCAACUGACCUGGAACCAGCUUCAGGAGAAAAUCAACAGUGUCAACAGCUCAGUGCUGGACGCACAACAGAAGCUCGUAGUUUUGGGUGUAAUUAACAAGGCCGUGAUCAGAGGAGACAAUCAGCAGCUGCUCUCGGCUCUGCUGCUGCCCUCUUGUGGCCUGGAGGACGUCGUACCUGACAACGCCUGUCGAUACCUGACACUGAUGAGCAGAGCCCGUCAGCACAAAGCUCAGGUGAGCAGAGACCCAGGAGCUGAGCUGCGAUUGGCUGAUGUCCAGGAGGAAGUGAGGAGAGCCAAUCAGCAGAGUCAGAGAGCUUUGAAGUUGUGUCUGUCAGUCGCAGCAGUAAACCAGGCAGUGAAGGAGAACAGAGACUCUCAGACUCUUCGUGUUUUGUCUUUACCUGAACUUCAACUUCAGGGAAUCAUCAGAGAGUGUGCAGCAGAAUAUCAGAGACAGCUACACAACCUGAUCACACACAAGAUGGACACAGGAGACAACAGGGGGUCCUGGAUCCGAGUGCGUGCGGACGACGGCUCGUUGUUUUACUUCCACCUGAAGCGACUGGAGGGAACCUGGGAGCGGCCGGGCGGCUUCACACACAACAACGUGUUCAUGGACAGACACGAGAUACAGGACAUUAUCAGCAGUGUGUCGGGUUCGCACAGUCGCAGCGCCCUCUGGAGGAGCCGCGAAGCCCUGGUCGUUCGUCUGCAGGCUUCAUGCCGAGGGUUCCUGAUCAGACAACAGCUGGAGGCUCGACGACGUUUCCUGAUCCGCCACACAGCUGCUGUGGUCGUCCUCCAGUCUCAUCGGAGGAGGUUCGUCCAGCAGAGGCUGUACAGACGCCGGCUGCAGUUCCUCUACAUGAACUGGAGGGCCGUCGUCAAGAUUCAGUCAUUUGUGAAGAUGUGGUUGAUGAAAAGAAAAUAUCGAGCACGACUGAGUUUCUUCAAACGUAACGAGGGCGCUGUGAUAAAGAUCCAGUCGUUCUUCAGAGCGAGCAGAGCCAGAGAUCAGUACAGGAUGUUGGUGCACUCGGACACGCCCCAUCUGUCUGUGGUCAGGAAGUUUGUUCACCUUCUCGACCUCGGGGACGGUGACAUCAGAGAGGAGGCGGAGCUUCUGCGUCUGAGGGCGGAGGUGGUGAGGAGCAUCCGCUUCAACCGGCAGCUGGAGGCGGACCUGGACCUGAUGGACCUGAAGAUCGGGCUGCUGGUCCGGAACAAGGCCACCCUGCAGGAAGUGGUGUCUCACUGUAAGAAGCUGACCAGGAAGAAUAAGGAGCAGCUGUCGGACAUGAUGGACGUCGAGAGAAGUAAAGGACUGAAGGCUCUGAGCCGAGAGAGGAGAGAGAGACUGGAGGCCUAUCAACACCUGUUCUACCUGCUGCAGACGCAGCCUCUGUACCUGGCUCAGCUGAUCUUCUUGAUGCCUCACACUCGCUCCACCUCCUUCAUGGAGAUGUUGGUGUUCAGUUUGUUUAAUUACGGCUCUGACCACCGGGAGGCGUACCUGCUGCUGCAGCUCUUCACUGAGGCGCUACGCUACGAGAUCAGCCUGAAGGUGGACCAGCCUCAGGACGUGGUCACAGGGAAUCCCACGGUCAUCAAGAUGCUGGUGAACUUCUACCGUCGAGCUCAGGGUCAGAACGUCCUGCGGGAGACGCUGAGUCCGGCUCUGCAGGACGUCCUGCAGGACCGGACCCUGAGCAUCAGGACGGACCCAGUGGACGUCUACAAGACCUGGAUCAACCAGACUGAGAGCCAGACCGGACUCAAGAGCACUCUACCUUAUGAUGUCUCACCUGAGGACGCUCUGUCUCACCCUGAAGUUCAGAGAAGAAUUGACGUCUCCAUCAUCAACCUGAAGAACCUGACGGACCGAGUCCUCAACGCAAUCACAAGCAACCUGCACAAGCUGCCGUACGGGUUACGUUAUACAGCGAAGGUUCUCCGAGACGCUCUGAAGACGAAGUUUCCUGACGCCAGCGAGGACGAGCUCUACAAGAUCGUAGGUAACCUGGUGUACUAUCGCUACAUGAACCCGGCCAUCGUGGCGCCGGACGGGUUCGAUGUGGUCGACCGCUCGGCCGGCUCCUCCCUGCAGCCGGAGCAGCGCCACGUCCUGGGCUCCAUCGCUCGCAUGCUGCAGCACGCCGCUGCCAACAAACGCUUCCACGGAGACGGAUACCACGUUGCAGCUCUGAACCAGUACAUCAGCCAGACUCACAACAGGUUCAGGAGGUUCCUGCUGAGUGUGUGUGACGUUCCUGAACCUGAGGAGCGGUUCAGUGUGGACGAGUUCUCCGAGCUGCUCGUGGUCAGCAGACCGGUCAUCUACAUCUCCGUCAGCGAGCUGCUCAACACGCACAAGCUGUUGUUGGAGCAUCAGGACGUUUUGUGUCCUGACUCCUCGGACCCGCUCAGACUGCUGCUGCAAGACCUCGGACCAGUGCCCCCCCUGCAGGAACUCAUUGGAGAGUCUUCGUUAUCUCCAUCAGACCCAGACUCGGCUCACAGCUGUAAGACCGAAGUUUCUCUGACUCUCACCAACAAGUUCGACAUCUUCGACGACUCUGAUGACAAACCAGACGCCAGAGGUCUGCUGCUCAGCACAAAGCAGCUGAUCAUCGACGUCAUCAGGACUCAACCAGGGGACACUUUGAGUGACAUCCUGAGAAGGUCCCCAUCACAUGACCAGGAAGUCUGCCAUGAUUGGCUGAUGCAGCGAAGAGCACAACAAGAUGCUCGAACCCCUGAAAAGAUGAAGAGAAACCAGUCAUUGGUCGCUAACGGCAACCUGAGUCUGGAGGAGAAGAAGAGGAAGAUUCUGAGGAGUCUUCGUCGUCUAGAGGGACUCGGCGUCCUGACGUCACCUCAGACUGAAAACCAAAUCUUACAGAUGAUUGCCAAGGACAUCCGUCAGCAGCGUCUGCACCGCCAGCGUCGAGGGGCGGAGCUACUGAAGCUCCGUCACACUCUGAGCAGUCUGGAGGUGAAGAGCAGCUUCCACACUGAACAGGUGGACUACUACAGACAUUACAUCACUUCCUGUCUGGACAACCUGACUGCCAGUAAAUGCAACAAAAAGAAGAGCGCAGAGAGCACAGGGAAGAAGAAGCCUCCUGCACUCAGUUACAGCGCCACCCGGCUGCAGGAGAAGGGAGUUCUGUUGGAGAUCGAAGACCUGCCUCCGACACAGUUUAAAAACGUGGUGUUUGACAUCGUUGCUGGACCCGAGCGAGGAAGCUUCAGAGUCAAAACUCGAUUUCUUGGAGUCGAGAUGGAAGAAUUUCUGCUGAAAUACCAGGAUCUGCUGCAGCUGCAGUAUGAGGGCGUGGCCGUGAUGAAGAUGUUCGAUAAAGCGAAGAUAAACGUCAACUUGCUCAUCUUCCUGCUCAACAAGAAGUUCUUCAAAAAAUGAACCUAGUGAUGCUCAUACUUUACACUCCUAUCUGUGUUACAUCUCAUUACACUAUUUUUAUAUGCCACUGUGUAUACAGAGUGACACAUCUUUAACUCCUAUCCCUGUUUAUGAUCAAUCAAAUAAGCUUUAUGAUUUUUUUGUGAAACUAUGUUUGUCCUAUCUUUGUAAUGAUAUGUCACUGUGGAAUCUGUCUGUUUAACUUCCUUCACUUCUAUCUGCACCAACCUGAACUGUUUCCUCUUAUUAAAGUGUACAGUGAAAAGAUGUUUGAAUUUGAGAUGGUUUUAAUAUCUCGUUACAGAAAGUGUUUUUGUAUCAUUAUGAAUCAAAGGGAAGCAUCUUGGUCCUAUCUCUGUGACUAGUCCUGUGUUUCACUCACAAAUGUUAAAGGAGUGAGACAUCGUUCCUUCUACAUAUCACUGUCAGUCAAAUUAAGUUUUUCUGAUCAAUAACAUCUGAUCAAUAUUUGUCUGUUU